AGACACGAAACCCAAAAGGCCCAAUAACAAAAAAAUGUCGUUUUCUCUUCACAGCCCAUUUGUUUCCAUUGGUCACUUCCAUUGCCACAACCACCAAAACCAUAUCUCGCCGCCGUCGACGACGACGACGACGACGACACUUGCUUCACCACCGUAUCUAUUUCAACAGAGAAGAGAGACAAGAAGCGUUUUAACUCUCUCUUCUGAAUCUAUGGAGAUUUGUGGCGUUGAUUCCGAAGGGAAAGAGUUUAACAGCGUACAAGAGAUGUGGAGAGAAGAAAUUGGAGAAGAAGGAGACGAAACUAGAAAAACCCAAUGGUAUAGAGAUGGUGUUUCUUAUUGGGAAGGUGUUGAAGCUUCUGUUGAUGGAGUAUUAGGAGGAUAUGGUCAUGUGAAUGAUGCUGAUAUUAUAGGAAGUGAGGUUUUUCUUAAGACUCUUUUGCAAGAAAGAUUAGUUAAUGUUGGACCUAAUCAACAUUUAGUAGCUCUUGAUUGUGGAUCUGGUAUUGGAAGAAUCACUAAGAAUCUUCUAAUUCGAUAUUUUAACGAGGUUGAUCUUCUUGAGCCUGUAGCGCAGUUUCUUGAUGCAGCACGUGAAAACUUGGCAUCUGCGGGCUCCAAAACGCACAAAGCAACGAACUUUUUUUGUGUUCCUCUUCAGGAGUUUACUCCAGCUGCUGGGAGGUACGAUGUCAUAUGGGUUCAAUGGUGCAUUGGGCAUCUCACGGACAAUGACUUUGUUUCUUUCUUUAACUGCGCAAAGGGAUGCCUUAAACCUGGUGGGUUUUUCGUCGUGAAGGAGAAUCUCGCUAAAAAAGGAUUUGUUUUGGAUAAAGAGGAUCACAGCAUCACCAGAUCGGAUCCCUACUUCAAACAGCUCUUUCGCCAAUGCGGGUUACAUCUCUAUAGAACAAAGGAUCAGAAAGGUCUUCCACAAGAGUUAUUUGCUGUAAAAAUGUAUGCAUUAACGGUUGACACACCACCGAAAAUCCACCGAACCAGAUCAAAAACUACUAGCAACAGACCGCAGAUUAUCAAAUGACAAAGCUUGUGAUGUUUAUAACGGAGUCUUAAUCUUUUUGUUUAAAGAGAGAAGCUACCAAAGGUAUUGUAAGAUCUGGAUCAAGGCUUGGCUACGAUGUGUAUUACCGCAGGAAAAGCUACCAAAGGAAGCACACUGUCACAUGGUUUGGUUUUGUGCCUGCUCGAUUCUCUUCUCUUCCAUCACCUUCACCAAGUAAUAAACUCUCAUGUACUCAUGGCUUGACUUGUUUCUCUGCCCAUUCUGUUUCCUUAUCUGAUCAUUGUCAGGACUUGAAGAUAUCAUCUACACAUUAGUAUAAAGCUUUGAAAUCCAAAUAUUUUGUUUCCCUAUCUUAUUGGAUCAAUGCCCCAAGCUUAUUCAUCGACUCUUAUUUUUGAAAAAUAUAAUGUGUUACAUUUUCAUAAAACGUUUAAUUAACCAUCAUUUAUAUGUA